GUCGGGGCAAAAAAAAAAAAAAAAAAAAAAAAAUGCAAAGAAUUUAAAAAUCGAGGGAGUUUAAAAAAAAAAAAGCAGGAGUCGUUACAUUCAGCCACCGGCCCGCGUUCGUGGAUCUAUUGCAGUUUGAACAGAACAGAAAAUGAGGCUUUUCGAAGCACGGUGCUGGAGUCAAACAGGAAACCAGUCGGUAUAGUAAAGGAACAGUGAUUGACAGCGAGAGACCCCCACCCCUUUCCCCUACCCCCUCCCCUAGCAACAUGGACAGUGAGGAUGAGGCUCGUGCCAAUCCAGCAAUGAACAUCAUUGGAGCUGAAGAUGAGUACUUUGAGAAUGACAUCGACCCGUCAGUGGAUGACCAGUGCAGUCACUUCCAGAGCAUCGAGCUGCUGAAGGAGAGACCCACACAUCUACUGGUGUUCCUGCAGCACGUCAUCCUGCAGUUCGACUGCGCGCCCCUGCUCUGUUAUCUCCACGCGGACCUCUUCAGGAAUCUCAACAACAAGGAGGCCAAGAAACACUUUGUGGAUUUCUACCACAACUUCCUCGACAAGGGAGCUGUUUUAAGAGUCCAGAUUCCUCAAAAUGUCUCCUUUGAACUGGAUCGCACUCGUCCUGAGUUGUUCUCGGAGGAGCAGCAGAAGAAGUUUGUGCGAGAGGUUCAGACGCUACAGGCUCAGGAGCUGCUGGUGCAGCUGGAUGACUUCCGGCAGAAGAGGAUGAUGGGAAUGACUCCCUGUGAACUGGAGCUGUCGGAGUUGGAGUCGAUCAGGUCAUGUGACCGCGCCACGCAGGAGGCCAGAGAGCGCGCCAUCGCCGAGCAACUACUGGAGAAACUGGGAGAGAUCCAACCCUCCAUCUGCAAUGAUGAAGACAAGGGAAAAAUCCAAAGCUUUAACUCGUCGAUGUUCAGUGCUGUGGUUUCCUACAUGAAGCACCUGGGAGUGAAGAGCAAGUCCACAGACAGCAAGAAAUCAAGAGGCUUCUUCAGGAAGAAGAUCCCUGGGAUGAAGAAGUUCGAUGAUCAUUCCAAAGGGAGUAACAAGCGAUUUCCCAGCAUCCUGGCUGACACGGCGCGCUGGAUAGGGGGCAGCAAUGUGGAAAACAGAGCUUGUAAAGUAGACGCUGAAGCUGAAAAGGACCGACUGAACACCGAGCGCAAGAACUCUGCCUUGCUCCCCGUCAAACCGGACAGCAGCCAGAGGAGCGGGGGCAAGCCUGUGGGAGGGGGUGAGACUGGCGAGGUGUCGACUGUGACGAUCAGCAUCACCUCCAGUGGAGACAGCAACCAGGUGGACACAGCUCAGGGAAGUUUUCGCCCUGAUGGUUCGGGAGACCCUUCUGAUCAGGGUUGGAAAGGGGGAGCUGUCUGGGACCCCCCCACCCCCAAUGAGACCCCCCCGGAGGAGGGGGCGCUGGAGAGCGACAGAAAGAGAAAGAGACACGGUGUGCGUCUGGGUCGCUCGGAGAGCCUGUGUGCGCCGGAGCGCCGGCGUUCUCAGAAGGGAUCCUCCCAGAAGGGCAAGCAGCCGAGAUCCCGGAGCGAUGUGGACCUGCAGGCAGCCAGCAAAGCCAACAGCCUCCAGAGAGCUGGCAGCACCACGCAGCCAGCCACCCCUGAGCCAGGGGGGGUGGGUGAGCCCCCGCAGUCCUUUCUGCUUGCCCAGUCUGAGGAGACUGAGCCGCGUGUUUCGGAGCUGGACCUCGACCCGCCCAACUGGCGUGAGCAGGCCGACCCCGAGCACCUCCUCGGACUGAAGAAAACAGAGGUCAAGCGGCAGGAGGUCAUCAACGAGCUCUUCAUCACAGAGCACGCUCACGUUCGCAUGCUCAAUGUCUUGCACACCGUGUUCUACCUGCCGCUGGAGAGAGAGAAGAUCAUGAGCCUGGAUGAGCUGGCAGCCAUCUUCCCAGGGCUGGAGGACAUCAUCGAAGUGCACAACUCGUUCUACGAAAGCUUGAAGAAGCUGAGGCAGCAGAGCAAUUACAUUGUGAUGCACAUUGGAGAAACUCUGCUAAGCAGGUUCAAUGGCUCGGAGGGUGAGUGGUUUCAGAAGCUGUCUUCACGGUUCUCCAGUCACCAAUCCUACGCUCUCGACCAGAUCAAAGCCCGGCAGAAGAAGGACUCCAAGUUCAACAGCUUCAUUCUGGAGGCCGAGAGCAAUGCUCAGUGUCGUCGCCUGCAGCUCAAAGACAUCAUCCCUAUCGAGAUGCAGAGACUGACCAAGUACCCUCUGUUGCUGGAGAACAUUGCCAAGUGCACAGAUGAGCCAGAGGAGAAGUCACAGAUCCAGCAGGCUGCAGAAUGCUGCCGCAAGAUCCUGAAUCGUGUGAACCAGACCGUGAGAGAAAUGGAGAACCUGCUGCGUCUGAAUGAUUACCAGCGCCGUCUGGACCUGUCAAGUCUCAAGCAGAGCAAUGACCCACUGCUAGCAGAGUUCAAGAAUGUGGACCUGACUCAGAGACACAUGAUCCACGAGGGGGCGCUCACGUGGAGAGUCACAAAGGAGAAGUCAGUCGACGUGCAGGUCCUGCUGCUCACCGAUAUCCUGGUCUUGCUGCAGAAGCAGGAUGAUAAGAUGCUUCUGAAGUGCCAGAGUAAGAGUGGCUCGGUGGCGCAGGACGGGAAGCAGGUGCUGAGUCCCAUCAUCAAGCUGAACUCUGUGUUCUGUCGUGAGGUCGCCACGGAUCGCAAGGCGUUCUAUGUGAUCUUCACCUGGGACUGUGGGGCUCAGAUCUAUGAGCUGGUGGCGCAGACCGUGUCAGAGCGCAAGAACUGGGGGGAGCUCAUUAAGAAUACAGUGGAAGAUUUGAAGAGAUCUGGACUGAGCGCCCCUCAAGACAAGAGAGUAUCCAGGACAGCGGUCCUGCCCACCAGCCCAUCAUACAUUAGCCCUCGCUCUCCCCUCAGCAUCUCUGAGAAUGGGGGCUCCGCCAAAGACCCUGAGGGACCCCUACAUCAUUCAGACAAGGAGAAGGACUCUCUCUCUGAGAAGGUGGGGAAUGCAGCUCAUUUGCUGGUGGAUUUCCUCACAGCCAAUGGCAUCGACCCGUACAGCAUGACCCACGCCCCUCAGGAGAAGGUGGCCAGUGAGGCUCUGCAGGAAGUCCUCUCGUUGAAGAGGAUGCUGGUCGGCAGUAUCUGCCUCUCGGAGGAAGUGGCUCUGCCCCCAGAGGGUACCCAGCAUGCACCCAGCCCGGAGGACGAAGGGAGUGAGAAAGGGAGCGAGGGGAGGGGUGAAGAGGAGGAGGCGGCAGAGAGUGGGAGGAGAGAGGAGGACUGUGGCAGUCAGUCAGCAGGGGGAGCCCAAGCCAACAGUGAGCCAGGCGGAGAGGAAGGGGAGGAGUCUAUCAGCACACCUCUCGUCCUGUCACACGACCAGGCGCAGGAAGUGGGGCGGCGCGUGGCGAGUCUGGAGAGACAGCUUCAGCAGCUCAAGAUUGUUGAGGAGGAGUAUCACAGAUUGCAGGACGGUCUCUCCAAGUUCGCCAUGUCCCAGCACAGCUACUGAGGAGCAAGAAGCAGGGAGAGGUUGAAGAGCGAGAGGCAUGGGUGAUUGAUUAGCAAUGCCUGGACCCCACACACUUCCCCAGCCCCCUCGACCCCUCUCACUGAGUCCGUUUCUCUGUACUCGGCUCUUCUGCCCUGAAUUGAAGUGCUGCCUUGGUGUCUGAUGGUCGCAGAGCCGGAGAAGAAAGACAAAGAAAGGAGAGGAAGGAAUAGAACAAGUGAGAGAACAGAAAGGAGAGGAAGGACAGGAAUGAUUUUAAUGAGGAAGGAAAAACGAACUGAAGAGAAAAGGGCUUUUGAAGCAGUUAGAAUGAGAAGAUGCAUGUUUGAGUGUGAGGGUGUUGAGUGUGCAAAGAGAGAGAGAGACAGGGAGGGAGGUUUCAAAGCCAAACUUGAAGCUGUUACAACAAAGGGAAAGGAUUUUGUUUUCUGAAAAGGGAAAACCAAAUUUGAGGCAAAAAAAACUUGCACAAACACCUCCCCGUUCCAUUCUCAUACCCUCCCCUUCGCAUUAUAACCCCCAUUCCUAAACUGAAGAAACCGCUGGUAUGUAAAUAGGGUUUUUGCUGAAACUCUAAGAUGUUUCACAAGCUCCACCCCAUCUCUGUCAGCCCCUCCCUCCCUUGUCUCUAGCCUAUGCAACAUGUGAUGCUUCCAAACCAUUGUGUCUUAACUGUUAACCCAGGAAAAGGAGUCUUUGAAAACCAGUAGAGAUUUAGAAUAAACUCCUUCCUUGCUGUCUCUUCCAGCUUGUGUUAUCCCGAGAGUUUGAAAAACAAGAUCCACGCUGGUCUGCUUGACUCGGUCUCUUCUAGUUUCAGUAACACUGAUGAAGGUACUAGAGCCCAGACGCUGGUCUGCUUGACUCGGUUUAGUUUCAGUCGCACUGAUGAAGGCACUAGCUGAAGCAUUUGCUUUCUAGCCAAACACCUCUGCUAAUGAAAACCAUUUUAAUUACACAUUUUUGAAAGAUCUUUUAUAUUCCACAAAAGGAAAACUUGCAAAAGAAAAAUAGCGGAGCACAGGAAGGAAGGACAUUCUUAAUAAACGAGACGGGACGAUCUGUUCGGAUUUUGAAUUUUUCCCUGGUUCGUUCGUUGUUUCUUUGGCUGCGAGUGGCAUUUCCGUUCUCGUCAGUUCUAAGGGUGGUUUUAACGCAGAAAGUUGAGAGUAAAUGAGUGAGAAAGAGGGUGCAGAAUGUCUAGGAGAGAAGCCUGCGAUUGUCCUGUCAUACAUGCUGGGUAUAUAGAUAACCGGGUUGACUUUUUAAUUUGAAUUUGCUGUUAUUUUUUUGAUGUACUUCCUUUGUUACUGAGUGGGAGUGGGAGUGGGAGUGGGGGUCCUGGACUGUCUUUAUUAUUGCAUACAAUUCACACAGUCCAGCAUUUUGACUCGGACACACAGACACAUCUUUUUCUCCACUUUCUCUUUCACUACUUUCUUGACAUUUCCAUAAGCUUAUUCCUCUCCUCCUUUCUGCCUUGCUGUCUCUGUCUCUCAAAUUCAAAACUCAUUCAUUUAUCGUGGUCACAAGUAUUCCCAAAAUGAAUGCCUCCUCUCCUUUCUUUUUUCUCUCAGAAUUUAAAACUCAUGCAUGUAUCGGCGAAUCACAAACGUACUGACUUGCCAAAACAAAAAAUAAAAAAAAAAACCCUGUAAUAACACAGUAGAUGUAUUGAGAGGCUUCUAUUCUGCUAUUUCUGCUCUAUGACACACACACACACACACACACACACGUCAGCGCCUAUCUGCAUGUUUUUGGUAUCCGAUCUUGUCCCCCUCGCAUCCCGAACCCACUCGCCUCUCUGCAGCAGCAACUUCAGAUAUUUCAAAUACUAUAUAU